GUGACACACGAAUAUUACACAAAAGGCGCGUUAAAUGGAGGCGCUAGUGGUCGAUUUCCAAAAUAAGUUUAACUCUUUGUCGAUCUUCAACUUUCUGUGAGUCAUGAGUAAUUUAGAUUUGUAAAAGCUACUGGUUUAGUUUACAAAGCCACACAAUGCGUGCCCAGUGUUCUGUCUGUCAGGAGCUCUUUGGUGACUCUGAUGUCGUCAUGGCUCCACAAUGUGGUCACACAUUUCACAACACUUGCAUCACACAAUGGCUUGGUACCAAGAAAUCUUGUCCAACCUGUCGUCAAACCACGUCUAAUGAAAAACUAGGCAGAAUCUUCUUUGAUAUUGCUUUCUCUGUUGAAGUGGACUCUGCAGAUCUUCAACAAAAGCUGGAUGAAAUGUCCCUGGAAUUUCAAGUUGUACAAAGAGAACUGAGAGAAGUUAGGCAAGAGAAUGUUACUCUAAAGAAAAAAUCUAACAAGUACUGUAAAGAAAAAAAGGAAAGUGCAGAAAAAGUUCGUGAGUCGGAAACCGUCAUAAGCAACCUCCAACAGAGAGUCGAUUUCCUGAAUAAGCAAGUUAAGUCUUUCGCCAUCGUAGAAGAAGAGCUGCAGACUUGUAAAGGAAAGCUUAAACUGAUGGAAAAUGUUCAACAAAUUGUGACUGCUACUCAUGACGAAGUAAAAGAAAUGCUGGAGCAAUAUGGUGAUCACUCAGAAACGGCCAAAUCCUUGAGCACGCAAUGUGUGAUUUUAAGCAGGGAGCUGAAUACUAAAGUACAACUAAAGCAGAAAGCCGACGAAGAGUUAAGAAAAUGUCGACGACUCCUAAGCACUUUCCGCCUUGAACUCCAGCAAACCAAGAAGGAAUUGAAGGAGAAAGAAGAGCAAUCCAGCUUGGCAGAAGAGGAUAUUAAAAGAUAUACUACAGAAAAUGCAAAACUGCAAGAAAAGCUUAAGGCCCUUACGGAGUCGAUCUCAUCGCCGAGUGGUGAUCCUCGCAACUCUGCGCUGUCUCGUCUAAUCAAUGAGAGUCCUGCGCCGACUAACCUUCGAAUGUCUAAUCUUCUCAUGACAACGCCAUCGUCACCUUCUACUCCAUUAGUUCCGCUUAGAAUGAAACCUUCGAACGUUCCUUCGUCUAGAUUGAUGUUGUCAUCGCAAAAUAUUUCGAGCAUGCAGCCCAAACUUAGCAAUCCUGAACAAGAAGAAGCAGCUUCCAGUACUCAGCGAAAGGAGGCUCGCAAAGCUAGCAGUUCAUCCGCAUCCGUUGAUGGUGAAUCCCUGAAGUUUAAAAAAAUGAAAGUCGAUCCAGUACCGUCAACUAGUGGUUAUUUCUAUGAUGGAUUUGGAGGUCACGCAAAACCCGAAAUUUACCCAAAAGGUGCCGGUUCCUCCAGUUCAUCACUUUCAGGCACUAAAAAGAAGAGAGGACCAGUUACAAUGAAAAUUAAAGGUAAAACGCAGACCACGACCUUAGAUUACUUUUACUCUCAAUAAUAUAAAUUGAAGAUGUUAAUUUGCUGCUAAUAGUCUAUCCGUCAGAUGUCCAAUACAAAUUAUAUUUUGUACA